UCCUCCACUGGGAUGCAAAGUCAAUCCAGCUACUGCUUCCUGGUGCAGCCACAACGCGUCCGCACAUUAUUGCACGCAUGAGUUUGGAGGAAUAAGAGGAGGACGUAAUGGCCAACUCAGCACUGGAGAUUGUGGGUUUGAUAUUGACCCUGAUCGGGCUUAUUGGGACGGCCGCAAGCACCGGGAUGCCGAUGUGGCGAGUCACGGCCUUCAUUGGGGAAAACAUCAUUGUUUUUGAAACCCGCUUUGAGGGUCUGUGGAUGAAUUGCUAUCGGCAGGCCGACAUCAGAAUGCAGUGCAAGGUGUAUGACUCCCUCCUGGCCCUGCCCCCCGACCUCCAGGCGGCCCGGGGGCUCAUGUGCUGCGCCCUGGCGUUGGCCGGCCUCGGCCUGCUGAUCGCAUUGUUGGGGAUGCAGUGCACGUCGUGUAUCCAAAACAAUGAUCAGGCAAAGCGGAUGGUCCUCAUCGUCGCAGGCAGCAUGAUCAUAAUUGCGUGCAUCUGCGUCCUCGUCGCCGUGUCCUGGACAGCUCACGUCAUCAUCAGGGACUUCUACAACCCUUUGCUGAUAGACGCCCAGCGAAGGGAGCUCGGCGAGGCUCUCUACAUCGGCUGGGUGGCCGCCGCCUUCCUGCUAUUCGGAGGAUGCAUGUUUGUUUGUUGCAAUCUGCAGUCGGAGGACAAAGGGUCGGAGAGGUACGUGUACUCAAAGACCUCCGACUUCAUGAACUAUCCUCCGCAGCGCCUGCAGCCUCAACAGUUGGUGCUUCUUCCCCAAACACAACCCCAGUUUCAGCCGGUGCUGUCAAGGCAACCCUCAACCAACUACAGCUACCAUUCCAGAUACCCUUCUGUACGCAGCGGGGUGGCUUAUCUCUAAACACCUGAGCUGACUGAGGUAAUAAGAUUGCAGUAAUGGUCAAUAUAUGCGUGGGGAAAUCUUUUUUUAACAAAGCUUUGCUUGGCAGUGCAAUCCCAGACAUUUCAAUUAAGAAAUAAUUUCGAUAAAUAAAUGUAAAUGUAAACAGAUCAGAUUGCUAUGGAUUUCUGUUUUAAAUCACCAACAUGGAAUUAUAUAUUUCAUUUAUGUAGCACUUAUAGGGUUUAAGAGCAGUGGUUACAGAAUAUUCAUAUCACUGAGCUAUGACCUAUCCAUACAUGGUUUUUAUUACUUUGUGUUGCAUAUCAAUCAUACUGACAGACUUCUUUUCUAUUUUGUGUUACCAAUUUUGUAUGCUGUAUAUAUGUGUGCUUAAUAUAAAACUGAAUUAAUCAUUGAGUAAAGUGAUACAGGUGUUUGGUGUUUAUUGUUUUAGAUACAUAUGACUGACCUAUGUAGUAAUACAGAGAAGUUAUCUACUACAGAUAUUUUGAACCUAUUUUCCUUUAACAUAAAUGUUGCAUUUGUGUGGUAUUUUGCACAUUUGUGUUGUAAAAAAACAAUUCCCCUAAAACACAUUUCACUCAUAUGGUUCUGCUUAGUUGUCGUUAGAUGCAGGAUCACAGGACCAAGCGGUUACUCCCUCAGGACAGAAAGGGGUAAAUUGGUAACUGAUUGUGUAGGAAAUGCACAGAUAUUUGUUUCUAAAAUUCCAAAGGUUGUGUGCGUAUCCAAUCAAUCGUAACAGAAUUUUAAGUCUUUGUUUAAGUUUGGGGUGAUGCCCUGGGGCUGUUGGCCACUAAAUAAAACUGAACAAAUGGCAGAGUAAACAUGAGAUGCAGGUUGAAAACUGCUUGUUAAAGGUGUGGACAGCUGCCUUAGUGCUUCAGGAGAAGCCAGACAGGGACGACCCAGCGGCGGCGUUCACGAGAAAAGAAUUUGCAACUCAAAUUCAACGACAAAAAGCUGUUUAGUCCAUUUCAUUGCAGUUUCAUAGUGAAAAUAUGUGGUGAUGUAAUGCCAAUGUUGUCUUUCUCCAUCGUUGCUAAAUAUUAAACCCAAAUGAACCACCUGUUUUUGUAUGAAUGUCUUGAAUGACACUGGAGUUCUAACAUUUUAUAUAAACUAUAUUUCUGCUACUCGACAAUCAAUGACUGUUUUUGGACUGUGUGACGUGAACUCCUCUCAGUUUAAUCACGUCAAAGGUCACUUCUGCUCCCCUGUGGACAACAGCAAUACUGCAGGAGCUCAUGUUCCACAAUGUACAUUUGUAUCACAUACAAUUAUUGAGAAUGAAAAUAAAGCAAGUGGUAAAAGAUU